CAGAGCGCGUAAAACAAAACUGGAAAAACAGAGAAACAGAAGACAUCGCGCACGCAACGGUGUUUUUACAAUUACUACAUUAAUAUAAAUGCAGCCAUUGAUAUCACUGCGCAAUUGAGAGUAUUAAUCAAUGCAAAGAACGUGCGCUGUUAUUAACAGCUUAAUUCAGCAUAGGCCAAACUGCUGCUGCUGCCUCAAACGUAAACAAAUACAAAUUGAUAUCUCUCGUGGCUACUCAAACUGCCAAAAUAGCAACAAAAAGGCGCACGAAAAACAUGCAGCGAUAUUAUGCAGAACGUGAGACUACAGGACCCGAGUUCGACGAUCGCCUGAUAAAAUUGGUGCGCGCUAAUCCUGCCAUCUACGAUGUUAGUCAUCCGCACUAUCGCCGUAACCCCGUUAGAGUGGACAUAUGGGAUCGCAUCGCGAACGAACUUGGGGCGUCAUCACGAUUUCUGCAAACAAAAUGGAAGAACAUACGGUAUAAUUAUCUACAAGAGAUUAAGGCCCUGGAAACAGGACAGGUAAAUCCGAAUGUGCGCAAGCGACGCUUCACCGAGGAUUUAUCAUUUUUACAAAACACCGCACAAACGUACAAUGUGAGAAAGGCACAAUCCUACAUAGUCCAGAACAAUAAUACAAAUAACGGUGGCAGCAGCGACAACGACAGCAACAGUUUUCUUUACCCAGAUCCGGAGCACUUGCGCGUCAAUCUAACGGAUAACUAUGAUAUUAUUGAGCUAGAUGAUGAAAAUAGUGAGGACGGCUCGACGCAAGUGGGUGGUCACAGUGAUAAUGAAAUCGUGCCUGAGCUGAUGGUCAUGGAGCCCAAGCCCGAUGUCACCUUGCAACAGUCAUCCGCUGUCAAUGGCAACGGCAGCAGCAACAACCACAACAAUACGCAGGUUAGCUCACCGGCCUCCUCACCGCUGCUUAUGCCCAUGGUGGUAAUGGGCAACGGCGAUGAGCUGGCACAUCAGGAAAUAAAGGCGCAGCCGCAAUAUCACAAUCAGGACCUUAAAACCGAACAGCAAUACAGAAACAACACUGCGCUCUCCAACGGCGAGGUGACAAUCGAGCCCAUUUAUAAAGCAGCGCUCUCGCGACGCAGUGCACCCGGCAUCAUGGCUAAUGCUGCGAAACGAAAGGCUAUGGCUGCGCCCCUACCCAGAUUGGCGCCCAUUAAUGAUCCGAUUGAGCUAUACUGCCUAUCGCUAGUGGACACGCUGCGCAGCAUGCCCAGAUCGGAGCGCGAACGCGUCAAAUUCGAGUUUGCCAACAUUCUGAAGGAUGCUAAGUACAAGGACGAGGCCUAAUCUUACUUAAAUCCUGUCUGUUUCUCUGGGUAUUUACGCAUACGAACAAUUCUAAGUCACAUUAAAUGUAUUAUUUUUACAUUAUAUGCAAAAUAUUUAGCAUUUUCUAAGACGCUAUUUAGAUUAAGCUUUCUACAUAAUUUAGUUUUUUUUAUUACAGUACUGUUGUAUGUGUCCAUAUCUAUUC